UCAAGAGGACUCGAUCUUGAACGUGGAGGACGCCAUUUUGUGUAUUCUCAAUUUUGAAAAGCGCAAUUCCAACUAAAAUGGAUCGAGGAAAUGCCGAUUGUCGCGUUUAUGUGGGAAACCUUCCAACGGACGUUAAAACAAAAGAACUGGACGACUUAUUUUAUAAAUAUGGCACAAUUAAAGACAUUUCUUUGAAGAAGGACACACGUGGCGGGCAACCAUUUGCUUUUAUUGAGUUUGAGGAUCCAAGGUAUUUUUUAGUUAUUGUCUAGAUAUUUCUCUCUGAAAACGCAUUAAAAUGUCUCUUUAUUUAAAAUAAAACUUUCAAAAUACUGUAAAAUCAAGAUAUCAUCAAUAAUCCAGUUCUUGAAUUUGUACUGAUAAAUUUUUUGUUUUAAAUGUUAUUUUUUAUAUACAGAGAUGCCCAGGAUGCAAUUCGGGGUCGUGAUGGUUAUGAUCUUGAUGGUAACCAGUUGAGAGUUGAGUUACCCCGCUCUGCUGGGGGUGGUGGUGGUGGUUUCCGAGGAGGGCGAGGCCAGGGUCGUUUUGGUGGUGGUGGUGGUCGAGGUCGUGGUGGCAGGCCAUUCAUUCCUCGUGGUAAUGGCUUCCGUGUCCUGGUGAAGAACCUCCCUCCUACUGGCAGCUGGCAAGAUUUGAAAGAUCACAUGAGAGAAGCUGGUGAUGUGAUGUUUACUGAUGUGUUUAAUGACUGUACUGGGGUUGUCGAGUUCGCACGACAUGAAGAUAUGAAGAGAGCUGUCAGAAUAUUGAAUGAUACCAAGUUCAGGUCACACCAGGUUGGCAUGUCUAUAUGAAACCGCUUUCAGCGAGCUCAAGCAGCGUUCUUGUCAACACAUGUGUGAUUGCUAAGGGGGGCAGGACUAAAAACUGGGUUUGUGUUAGUUUGUGGUAAUCUUCAACACAUAGGACAAAAUCCAAGAUUUCUGAAGUUUUUUACUUCCUUACAUGAGCACUAUGGUGCAAAAUGCCGCCAAAAUUAGAUAUACCAACUUUUAGGCAACGUCUAUGUUGACAAAAAACGUUGCUUGCUUAAGCUUACUAGUGAUAAGCACAUUUUCUAUUCUCAUGAGAAACUUUCAUAAGCAGUCUUGUAUGCAUUCUAAACAUUGAAGUUUUGCAUUAGAGUAGACAAUGCUUUUAUCUGUGUCAACCGUAGUAAUAGUACAUAAUAAUUUGAUUUGUCAUGUUUCAAAUUUAUUUACAUCUAGCUGAUUUUUCCAUCGUUCGUUUCAGAAUGAAACCUCGUAUGUGACUGUGGAAGAAGAUGAGUCCGCCAGACCAGGCAGAUACAGUAGAUCAAGAAGUCCAAGACGAUCGAGAAGUCGAUCAUUUUCACCAAGAAGAUACUCGAGAUCACCAAAACGAUCUUACUCGAGAAGCCGCUCUCGUUCCAGAUCAUAAGACGUUCUACAUUUUUUCAACAAGGAAACAAAGAUCUUCUGCACAUUUUGUGAUAUUAAAAAUAUAACUUCAAGAUAAUUCAGGACCUUUUUUACACGAAAGAUGGUAAAAUUUUGAUUCCAAAUGCCCACCUUUUUGUUGUGCUGCAGUGCAACAAAUUCUCUUCAAUACAAGUAGUGUUAGGCUUAAAUAAUAAAGAGAUAAUGUAUUAAAUAAGACUCCUGCAGUGAAAUUGUUGAGUAAAAUAGAAAUGUACAACCCAUACAAUAAACAUUUAAUAUUUUAUAUAUUUGUAGAUGAUUAUAUGCUCCUUGUGUAUGGACGUGGAGUGGAGCGGUCAUGCAUAGGAUGGAUAGGAUUAUGGAAGGAUAGGAUUACUUUUUAGCUUGGUAUGAAAACUUCACAUUUCUGCCAAAAAAAUGAAUAUUAUAUGCAUUUAACUCGCAAAAUUUUAAUUCCCAUGACUUCACAAGUAUUUUGAUGUUUUAUUAAAAAUACAAAAUUUUGUCCUGACUUUUGAUAUUAAUAUUACUUCUAACUUGUGUUGUACAGAUUUCUCUUUAUUGUGGAGGAAAUAUUUGGAGGAUAGAGUGGAAAAGGAGGGAUAAUUUUCGACUUUUGGUGGAUAAGGAGUGAUUAUUUUCGAUAAGGGAUGAUUUUGAACAUUUGGAGGAUAAUAGGGGAUAAUUUCGGAUAUUAGAAGGAUAAGGAGAAAUAGUUUUGGACACCACAGGAUAAGAAGGGAUAAUGUGGGACAAUUGCAGGAUAGGAAGGUAUAAUUGCGGACGCAUGCGGGAUAAGAAGGGCUAAUGCUGGAUACAUGAAGGAUAAAAUUGGACACUUGGAGGUUGGAAAGUGCUGGAUAUGAGAGGACCGUGUGGGACAAUUGCAGGAUAGGAAGGUAUAAUUGCGGACGCAUGCGGGAUAAGAAGGGCUAAUACUGGAUACAUGAAGGAUACAAAGGGAUAAAAUUGGACACUUGGAGGUUGGAAAGUGAUAGUGCUGGAUAUGAAAGGACAGGAUAAAUUUGGAGGUAAUAUAGGUGAAUCAGGAUAGUUGAGGAUAAUUUUGCAUUGAAGGAAAAACUGGGUAAAAUAGGGAUAAAUGCGGUAACAGAUUUUUGGAAAACCAUGUUGACAAGGGACAAUUGACCAUUUGCGUAAUAGACUAAAUUUUGAAUUAAACAAGUCUGGACAAAAAUUUCAUCACAGCUUGAAGGAGCAUCACAAAAUUAGUAAUAUUCCAAAGUUUCGUUGCAAAAUGUUGUAAAAUGCGGAAAAUAUAGCCUUGCGAAAUUUGCAAUUUUCAGUCAUUUUAGAUUACAAACGGCAAAUUGACAGCCCCAAACCCUUCGAGGCUGUCAAUUUCCGGUUUGUAAUCUAAAAUGACUGAAAAUUGCAAAUUUCGCAAGGCUAUAUUUUCUGCAUUUUACAUCAUUUUGCAACGAAACUUUGGAAUAUUACUAAUUUUGUGAUGCUCUUUCAAGCUGUAAUGAAAUUUUUGUUGAGAUCAAAAUUUAGUCUAUUACGCAAAUGGUCAAUUGUUUAGAAGUGUACAAAGUUUAUUCUUUGGGGCUAUUUUCUGUACAUAUUAGACUUUGCAAGAGACAAGCUAGCAUGAAAUCCCCCAGAAAAGAUAAUAAAAUUAUUUUUCUGUCUUCUGAUGUAGAAGUAUUACCAAAAACACGAAGAAUUCCUUUACAUGUAAUACACCUAGACAUCAAAACUUUGAUGGAACUUAAUAUAUAUGCUUAAUUAUCUGUACAAUAGAAAAAGUUCAAACUAUUAAAGCUGAGUGUAUAUUGUCUGCUACACAUGCAGUUUGUAAUUGAGAUGUGACGUUGUUUAAUCUCUUGGCGAUGCUGAUCGUGAUCUUGAAUGACUUUUAGCUGGUGACUUGGAACGACUUCUUGAGUGGUCAUGUGACUUGCUUUUAGACCUGCUUCGUGAACGUCUGUCUUUAGAACGACUUCGAGAUCGUUUACCAGAUCUGCUUCGUGAACGACUACGUGAUCGAGAGUAACUUCGCUUCCUGCCUCCUCCACCACUCCCAGAGUCAUCUGUCACAGUCACUUUGCUGGUUUCACCCUAAAUAAAUCAACAUAUUUUAAUGCCUAUGCAUUCACAAGUUCACAUAAAUAUAGGGAUGGCAAGCAAUAUGAAAACCAUUUAGUUCAUGGAUUUGAAAAUCUUUCCUCAAAUACAACAUGUAUUUCAAAGCAUCUUUGUUUUUUGCAAAUUCCAGUUUUUGAUAAACACCAUAUCACUUUAUACCAACAAGUGGGCUGAAAAUACGAGGUUUUAGUUCCUAGAUAAACCAUCUACAUAAGAUUUAUGUUGGGUUUUACUACAUACCAGCACCAUAAAGCUAGAUUGUUUGAACUUGACAUCAAUGAAUUUACACUGAGGUAAUACCUCGGGCUACUUUUCAAGGAAAUUGAUCACUCAGGAAUAUUUUGGUUAAAAACCUGAUGACCAGAAUGUGUCAUGAAUCCUCUCAAUGACCAAGACAAGAUUGAAAUGAAUCCUGAGAAUGAUUCCUCAUGGACGAGAAUUGAGUCCUGACUUUUGAAAUGAUCCGUGAUAUUGAAAAUCAUUGAUAUUGACCAUGGCACAUUGGAAAUAAUUCCUCACUGAGAUGGGGAUUUGAAUCCUGAAAUGAUUCCUCAUUGACAUGGAAAUAUUUCCUCAUUGAUAUUGAAUCCUCAGUGUUGAGAAUGAAGAUCAAAUUUGCUGAUAUGAUUAAUUAGUGUGUUGAUGCAAUUUAUAUACUGAAAUGGUAAAAAUUUAAAUAUGGUUAAGUAAAAAACUAAUUAGGACAAAAUAUAUAACUAUACAUAGUUUUGAAUAACAAGGGCAAACACAUUCCAUACAUACCUCGUGUGAACGGAAUUCAGUAUCAUCUAAAUUCUUAAUGGCGUAUUUGACAUCAUCAGAGUGAGCAAACUCCACAAUGCCAGAACCAUCACCAUAGACUUCAGCAUAGAGUACUUCACCCGCUUCCCGCAUGUGGUCUUUGAUAUCUUGCCAACUACCAGUGGACGGUAGCCCUUUCACUAACACUCUGUUGUUUGAACGUCGUGGGGGGACGCCUCUCCCAGAUCUACCACCACCAUAACCUCCGCUGUUACCACGACUACGACCACCAUCACGGCGGUUGUUUUGACUGCCUCGUGUGAACUCUACUCUGACGCGUCGACCAUCAAACUCAUAACCAUCACGACCUCUCACAGCAUCUUCUGCAUCUCUACAAGU